AUGCUCACCCACCUUCGGCUCUGUCUGCCGCUCCCUUCCAAUCUUCAAACCAACCCCUUAGCUUGCGGACUUGGGGGACUACAUGAUCACCAACGACUUACAAACGACAGACGCUCGUUCCUGGGUCAGAAUGCCGGAGCUCAGGGACAUAAGCAAGUCCCUAACCAAGAAGUCCCUCCUCAAUCGGAAACUUGGGAGACUACUGUUUGUACCAUAUCUGACCACCCACUCACAUCGCGACACGUGGAACGUCCUCAAAGCAAGAGACCAACUCAACUGGGGCCAUACCGAAUGUUUUCUCGGCACUCGGUACCGAUUCAGUUGGUCGGUAACGCAGCAUCAUUACCUACGCCAACCUUCGAUAUCGUCUACCGAUCAACCAACCAUCACGUCAAUCCGAUUCUGACAGACUGCCUCAGAAUUCCUGCCAGAGCCUGUCAGAAUCACGUGUCAACCUUCGAAGACACUCCCACGAGUCCCACAUCGAAACUAAGUGCUAAGAGCAUCACAAAUGCUCUCUAUAAAUAG